AUGCCUCUGGGUAACAGUCCAGUGCCAACAAUCACCUGGAGGAAGAUAAAUGGCAACAUCCCUAAAAAGGCGCGGCUGCGAAAAUCACAGGCUGUGCUCGAGAUUCCCAAUAUACAAGUGGAUGACUCGGGAACUUAUGAGUGUAAGGCUGAGAAUCCAAGAGGUGGAACUGCUUUCAAAGGACACCUCCAGGUCUACACUUUCCCUCAGUGGGUGCGAAUGAUUAAUGACACUCAGAUGGAUAGUGGGGAGAGGCUUCAGUGGGAGUGCAAGGCCACAGGGAGACCCCGGCCCACCUAUCGCUGGCUCCGUAAUGGUUUGCCCUUGACAACCCAGGGUCAAACUGAAGUGGUGAAUGGAGAUCUGACCAUUUAUAAAGUGCAGCAGCCAGACUCUGGGAUGUACCAGUGUGUGGCAGAAAAUAAAUAUGGCUCCAUCUACUCCAGUGCUGAGCUCAGGAUAUUAGCCUCCGCUCCUGUUUUUGUCCCCAAUCCUGUACGAGUGAUUGCCACACUUGGAAAAGAUGUUUCACUGGAAUGUAAACCGAGAGCUUCUCCAAAGCCAAGAAUAACAUGGAAGAGAGGAGACCGGAGGUUACAGCCAAAUAAAAGGAUUACGUUGUUACGGAACAACACCUUGAGGAUCGUAAACUCCAGUCGGGCGGAUGAGGGAAACUACGUGUGCCGGGCAGAGAAUCAGUUUGGCUCGGCUGAGAUGACUGCCAUACUGUGGGUAAAAGAGGCCAUGCGUUUGGAGCUCAGCCCAAUCAGAGUGGAGGUCACCGUGGGGGAGAGCGUUGUUCUGAGCUGCAAGGCCACACAUGACACGUCGCUGGACGUGGCCUUCCAGUGGUUCUUCAACCAGAGGCCAAUCAGCUUCCAGCAGUACGGGGGUCACUUUGAAAACAUCCAAACAGUCAGAGCUCGACAGUCGUCCACUGUGGAUCUGAUGAUCAGAAGCAUACUACUGAAGCAUGCUGGGAAGUACGGGUGUCAGGCACAGACCAUUGCUGACUCUGUGUUUGCAGAGGCUGAACUUCUGGUGCGAGGUCCGCCUGGCCCCCCCGGAGUGGUGAUAGUGGAGGAGAUAACAGAUACCACAGCCACUCUGUCCUGGACACGUGGCUUAGACAACCACAGCCCCAUCACCACCUAUAAUUUACAGGCCCGCAGCCCAUUUUCAUUAGGCUGGCAGACCGUCAAAACAGACCCAGACCCCGUGACAGGAGAAAUGGAGGCGGCCAUCGCUGUGGAGCUCAACCCCUGGGUGGAAUAUGAGUUUCGAGUUGUGGCCAGCAAUGCAAUCGGGACCGGAGAUCCCAGCGCACCGUCAAGGCCAGUGCGGACCAAAGAAGCAGUUCCUUCUGUAGCACCGGCCAACGUGAGUGGAGGAAACGGCCGCAGGCAUGAACUGGUCAUCUCAUGGGAGCCCGUGUCUGAGGAGUUCCAGAACGGCGAAGGCUUUGGGUACAUUGUUGCAUUCCGUGCCAACGGGACCAGAGGAUGGAAGGAGAAGAUGGUGACAUCAGCCGAUUCCACCACAUACAAAUACAGGGACGAGACCUUCCCUCCCCUUACUCCAUUUGAAGUGAAGGUGGGCGUGUACAACAAUAAAGGAGAUGGGCCAUUCAGCCCGGUUGUUAUCAUCCACUCAGCAGAGGGAGAACCCAAGGAAGCACCAACAGAUGUGAAGGCCCAGAGCAUCUCCGCGUCACAGAUUAGAGUCACCUGGAAACCCCCCAACCCUGGUCCCGGUCGACCUCGAGGAUAUGAGGUCAGCUAUUGGAAAGACGUAGAGCAGGAGGAGUCGGGGAGGAAACAAAAGACUUUGAAAAACGAAACCUCCAUCGUCCUGACUCAACUCGAAGGCAACAGCCUCUACGCCAUCACUGUAAAAGGCUUCAACAGCAUCGGCCAGAGCCCGGCAAGUUCCUCUGUUACAGCCAGGACUAAAAAAGAUCCUCCUGCUCAGUCUCCAGCCAACCUCAUGUGGAUUCAGGAGGGCAACAAUGUCUCUCUAAGCUGGGAGCCAGUGAAGGCGAAAGACAAUGAAUCUGAUGUCAUUGGCUACUUGGUGUCAGUCAUACAGGAGGGCAGAGGGCACAAUCAGGUGACAAGAACAAUUAACCCUUCUACCAUGCUGUCACUGCCAGAGGGCGGCACCUACAUGAUUGAGGUACGCGCCCUCAGUGAAGGAGGAGAAGGAGCUGUCAGCUCUCAAGUUCGAAUCGUCACCUCCUCUGGUGUUCGAGCGAAAAGCAACCAGAGCUCGGUGCACAGCCGGCCACAGAGCUUUACACUGACAGCACUGCUCCUGGUUCUACUGGUGCCUUCAGCUUCCUGGUGAAGCUACAGUGCCAUCCUCAUGUUCACGGAGGGAGCCAACAGUUCUUUCUGCCUCCCUCCCUCUCUCCCUCCCUCUGACUGUCUGCUUGCUUUGGCCUUACCCGUUCAGAGGACCUGGGGCCUGCCGCAGGGGGUCGAGUUUGCCAGUCACCACACAGCUCCUCUCAGUUUUUUUUUACUCUUGUGUUUUACUCCUUUUGGUUUUGUUUUCAGACUCCGGAAGAAGGAUUUGACUUUUUUCAUGGUAGUUUUGUACUGUAAUGUGCAGUGUAUUGGAGGAAAAAACAAAAUGAUUUACAAAGCACAUUUCUAUAAAAAUAAUACAUUUUCUACACUUGCAAUGAAAUCUAAAAUCUGUAAUUUAGUUAUGCACUUCAACCUUAGUUCAUGAGGCAGAUGACAAAGAAAUGUCUUCAUUCUCAAUCCUUUAAACAUUCAUUUGUUAAACCAUUAAUGCCUGAAACACCCUCUUUAUAAAAGCUACAUUUUUACUAGUAUUUCAGUAGUUCUUCUAACAAAACGAUAAGUUCCUUGAAAAUAUGACAACCCUGACGAAGGCUUCUGUCUUUAUACAGUAGUUCAAAGUUCUUAAUUCCUAAGGCAUAUUUACAACACAGAUCCUUCAUGUCAUGGCUACUUCCUGGCUUUGGUCAUUUUUGUUCAUUAAAU